AUGGGGGAAUCAUGCAGAAUUAUUUUCAAGAAACAAAAACUUAAACUUCAUUUCGCACAACAGAAUGGGAAACGUAUUAUCACCAUACAGCGUGACAGAACACGAAGUCAAGUUGCCCGGCAGCCGUGGCUAAUCAAAGGACUAGAGUUCGAUUCCAAAGUUCGUCGAUACGCUGGAAUUCCCUACGCUCUCCCACCCACAGGCGAAUACAGAUGGAAAAAGCCGCGUCCGAUUCCCAAAGCCUACCGCUAUGAAGACGGCCAUGGCAUUCCGUACGAUGGCAGGAAAUUCGGUCCAGUAUGUCCUCAAGCAAAAUUCGCUUCGAUUGCAGAGCAAGGGAAAUCAGAAGUGGUGUACAGCGAAGAUUGUCUGCGAGUGAACAUAUGGACGCCGGUUGUGAAGCCUGGAGAAGAGGGGAAGAAGUGGCCGGUUAUGUUGUGGCUGCAUGGGGGUUGGUUUCAGAUUGGCGAUCCCUCACAGGAGGCGAGCAUGGAUCCCAUAGAGUUGAUUUCCACUGGUGGACUUAAUGCGGUUUUUGUCGCCAUUGGGUACAGACUGAACAUUUUCGGGUUUCUGUCAAGCGAAGAGCUGAAAGAGGAGAGUGGCGAUGGAUCAGUAGGAAACUAUGGUCUCUGGGAUGAAAGACUCGCCAUGGAGUGGGUUCACGAGAACAUCUCUGCGUUUGGGGGAGACCCAAACAAUGUCACUUUGGGAGGGAGAAGUGCUGGUGCAUAUGGAGUACAUGCGCAAAUCCUCCACGAUUUCCGAAAGAAUCCUUCACCGGCUGCUGGCGAGUCCUUGUUCAAUCGUUUCUUGAUGUUUUCAAACGCAAUUCCCGCUCAACCACGACCACUUAAGGAAACACAGCCCCAAUUCGAAGAAGUUUGUGACCACUUCAAGAUAUCAAAAGACCUCUCUGGAGCUGAGAAGCUUUCUAUCCUGCGAAAGAUCGACGCAAAUGAUUUGGUCGCCGCGAUCAAGGACCUCGAGAACCACACUUUCCGACCAAUCACAGAUGAAGAUUUUAUCCUGUCGGGCAUGAUCGAGUAUCAACGAAGCGGAGAGUUCGCGAAAGAGUUCAAGAAGCGUGGAAUGAAGCUGCUGAUUGGUGAAAUGCUUAACGAAGAAAGUCUGUACUCGGUGUACAAUCCUCCAGAACCCAAUGAGGAAUCCCUUCGGCUGCAAAUCACAAAUUAUUAUGGACCAACAACAGCUGAUCGAGUGCUUCCUUGGUAUAAAGUGCCAACAAGCAACGAUAAGAGGGAGUGGUUGGCACUGUACGGUAGUAUAAUCUCCGAUGGCCAAGUUCGUGCACCCUCGAGGUUUUUGGUAAACUCGUUGAUUAAACACGGAGUCGAUGUCAAGGAUAUCUGGAGGUAUCAAAUCGCGUAUAGGAUGUCAUUCAUCGACGAGAAGACUGCACCAAUGGAAUGGGGUGUGACGCAUGCGAUGGACAGACCUGUUUGGAACUUUUCCAUACAUCAUGGUCCAACUCCCGAUGAGCGAGUUCUAUUGGAGGACUGGAUCCGUGACCUGGUUGCUUUUGUAAACGACGAAAAAGAUUAUUCGUACGGUACCAACAAGAUUGACGAGUUUAAAGUCAUGACUCCGGAAAAGAAGAUUGAAAUUCGGAAGGAUGCCAGAUGGUCCGAGUUGCUGAAGCUAGCUGACCACUUUUCUGGACCUUAA